ACAAUCAUGGAACUGUCCUAACAGACAAGAUGGUCCCAAUCACAGCAACUGGAGACCACACAGCCUCUAAUUGGAUACCUGCUACAAUCAGCAAUGGCAACGGCACUGGUGGCAUGUUCACUGUCGCAAGCAGAAAGUCGAGGAAUGGGUUCCAAUUUUGUGCUGUCACUGGAGACCCAGGCUCUCGCAAUGUGUCUGAUGUAAACUUCCCAAGUGAUUACACAGAACUUCUGACGCAGGCUAAAGAAGCUGCUGAAUCAGCUUUCAAGGAUGGAAAACAGCUACUGGAAAUCGAGUUCCCUACAGCUGGACUACAAACCGUACCAGGUGAUGGCGAAGGGGGAAAUGAGAUGACUGGAAGCAUGCUUCUCAUUAGAGAAUUUUGUGAUCGCUUCGUACCUGCAGAGAAAGCAACUCGAACCAGAGUAUUCUUCCCUGAGGCGAAUGAGGUUUCUUUUGCAAGACAGUCAGCCUUUGAAGGAUGUUCGCUGAAGCUAGAUUAUCUUACGAAACCAUCCUUGUUCGAAGAUUUUGGUUUCACAACGAAAGUGAAAAUGGCAGAUCGUGUGAAACCACAAGACGAGACAUUCCUCGUGGCUUAUCCUUACUUCAAUGUCAAUGAAAUGCUCGUGGUCGAAGAACUUUACAAGGAAGCAGUAGUUGGCACCAGCCGGAAAUUGAUAAUAUUCAAUGGAGAACUAGACCGAAUCAGAAGUGGAUAUUAUCCGGCGUUCUUCUACCCAAAACUUGCAGAGCUUUCCAAAACAUUCCUCCCGAAGCUGGAUACGGUUUACUAUAUCCACAAUUUCAAGGGAGCUAAAGGGGGAACGCUUUUCAGGUGUUACCCUGAGCCUUGGAAGGUCCUGAGGAAGGCGUCGUCUGGGAACUACGUCUGCCUGCAUCAACAAGAGGAGAUGCCUUCGUUGAAGGAAGUGGCCCUCGACAUCCUUCCUUCUGUAUAGCUAGGAUCUUCACUUCUUUGGUUCAUAGCUGUGCUGACUGGUGCUAAGUUCCAUUACAAGGCAAUCUAUCAUUUCGUUGCAAUU